CAUGUUAUCACGACUGACAGGAACAGACCUACGAACGACGGCAGAAGCAGAUUUGACAGGGCACACUAGCGUUGCGUGUGCCGUGCGCGGAUCUUUGUUAUAUAUUAGACAAUCUUAAAAUUAAUACAGCUAAUAAUGUUAUUAACUUGUUAGAAUUUAAUUACCAAAUUGAAACAAUAUUAAAUUUAUUUUUGUGUGAUUUUAAUAAUUACUGACAGAAGCUUACUUGAAGCCAAAGUUUUAUCAAUUAAAUUGCGGGUGCAAACAUUGGAUAUCUCUGUUAAUAAAAUAAUUCACAUUGUAUUAUUAAUUGGUUUUCAAAUUUGUGUGCCCGAAGAUUUUUUAUAUAUAUUAUAAUUGCAUCAUUUUGUACGUUGUGCUUUAUAAAAAUAUAAAAUGAGUCCCAAAAGUGCGAGUGCAAAAAAAACAGAUGUUUCGUCGAUCGGAAAAUUAUAUCUCAUAGCAUAUAAUACUGUACAAACUUUAGGAUGGGGAUACCUGUUGUUACAAACAUUACUGUAUUUCCUGAAUCGAGGCAAUCUGGACAACUAUUGGACUGAAAUCAAGUGGACUGUAGUAAUCUUUCAGAAUGCUGCAAUACUUGAGGUGGUGCACGCGGCCACAGGGCUGGUGCCGUCGGGCGUGGUGACAACGCUGGCGCAGGUGUACUCGCGCGUGUUCCUCGUGUGCGGCGCGCUGCUCGCCACCACCGGCGCCACGCUCAGCCCCGGCUUGCCGCUCUGCGUGCUCGCCUGGUCCAUUACAGAGACCAUUCGAUACGCGUACUACGCUCUCAAUCUCGUCAAGUUGGUGCCGCAUUUCCUGCUAGUCACCAGGUACUCCACGUUCCUGGCGCUAUACCCGCUGGGCGUGACGGGCGAGCUGCUGUGCAUGUACCACGCGCUGGACGAGAUCGCCGAGAGGCAGCUCUGGUCGGUCUCGAUGCCCAACCCUUACAACUUCGUAUUCAGCUACUACCACUUCCUAGUGUUCUACAUGUUCCUGUAUAUUCCUCUAUUCCCCGUACUUUUCGGUCACAUGAUGAGCCAAAGAAGAAAAAUGUUGGGAAAAGACCCGAAGAAAACCCAUUGAUUAAAUAUUACGGGUUUAUUACAUAAGUAGUUAUUUUUAGCAGAAAUUCUAGAGGUAAUCACUAAGUGGUUACCUUAUUUGGCAAUCACUAAAUAUAAAUUCCUAUUUAUUAUUUUUUACCUUGUUUGUAAGAAAGCGUUUGCGAUUAUAUGUAUUAUUUUACUAACAUGUUAGUGACCAUUCUAUGUGAGGAUUGUGUACUGUGUGACAAAAUCGGAUUAGAAAUAGAUUAGUGCGCUUCACAGCCGCUGUAGACAAAUCUUAAUUGAUUGCAAUACGUCGGUUUCUUUCAUUUGGCUACCAAUUUCUAAUGUCCGCAAUACACUUCGCUGUGAUAUUGUCAAAAAUAUGGCUGCGACACUUUCAUUUUUGAUAACAUUCUUUGCAUUUAACAAGCACGAGCACAUUUUAGGUGUAGUUUCGUGGUGUAACUAGGUGUUAAUUAAGUAUUAGUUUUUCGGUGCACUGGUAGCUUAAGGUAUAUUUGCAUAGUUUACAGCACAGUUUCAAGGUGGAUAAUGUCUCAAAGAUACACCCGAGCUAUCUAGCAAAGUAGGUAUGUACGUCGCGGCGGUUUACACUUUUACUUGUUGUAUUUAACAAAGGCAGGCAUUCAAUUAUAACUAUAAUUCUAGCUGCCUUUGUGAAAUUUAAGAAUUUCAGCGAAAAGCUGAUGUACAAUUUACCUUGUAUGCCACAUGCAACUAAUCUAUAACUAGAUCACGGGAAUUGUCUAGUCGUGAUUUUUAACUAUAAAAUGGUCAUAAACAAAAGCUUAACCAAAGUUUCAUUAUAAUAAUUUAUUACUACUACUUAAAUAUAUGUUUUAAAAGGUUUUGAUAUAACUUGCAGUUCGCUAUCGAUGUUGUUAUGGUUGGUAUCGCGUGGUCGGUUAACGUCAACGCAUUAUAGUGCGGCCCGGGGUAUGUGUAUACUUAUCAUUCGAGUCCGAUUAGAGGUCAGAUUAUUCUAGAAUAUUAAUGAGCAAAUAUUCAUUCAUUACAUUACUGCGAACAAUGCCUUAAUUAACAUUUUUCCGGCUGCGACAUUUGUGGAAUUGUAAUUUACAUUUAAGUAUCAACAUUAAGUUAAUGUUUCUUUAUAGGUAUUUUAUUAAAUUUGCUUGUUCAUUAUAUAAUGCAGUUUCGUUAUUAGAAAUUGUUGUUAUGUGAAUAUGCCACUACUACAAGAAUUACGGCUAAUGUGCUAUUAGCAACCUUAAUAAGAUUUAUCUUAACUAUUUUAAUUGGUUGGUAUGCCUUCUGCCUAGAACCAACGUAGCGGUCGUUCUUAAUGUGUGCAAGUCGAUUCGUGACAGUGAAAUAGUUGUGGCCGACUCGUGAAGCGAUAGCUAAUGUAGGUACCUGCUUUGUAACAGUAGUAACUACGCGGGCACCUCAGCAAACAUUCACUUGGAAAGUAGGUGGAGCGUAGCGCGUACUUACAACGGACUGACUUCUUGCAAUUACCGGCAUCGCAACGGUACUACGAGGUUACGUCACGAUCUGAGUUGUCUAUUUACUUCCACCAGAGCUCAUCUCGAGUGGAUCGACGUCAGUCCGGCAGCAGAAUUGUUGGCGUAACCGCUAUUAGUCAACAAAUGUUUGUUAACUUUUUAUAAGUAUUGAAUGUUAAGCAAACAUCACGUUAAAAAUACAUGUCUUCCCGGAACAGCUUUCAUUUCGGCAUUAUUGGUAUUUAGUUCAUAAACGAAAACCAAGACACGAACCGUUCGUCUACUCACUUUCCAAGAAAGUAUAUAUGUAGUGUAGAGGUCUAAAUAGGAUAUCUAGUUUAUUUGCGAAUUGAUAUGUUUCCCAUCUGUAUGUUACUUUGGACUACAUUAGCUAUAUGAACGAAUAUGAAUACGUAUAAUGUAUAAUUAUAUAAAAUGCACCUAUAAAAACUAAUAUUAACACGGUUGACGCAACACACGGACGGGUUCCGUGUUUUUUGUGUGUUGUUUGUAAAGCAACGUAAAUAGUAUCUACAUGAAAACCAAUAGUAAUGUAAGCAACAUUUGUCUGUGAUACGUUUUGUUCGCUUCGCAUUUUUCGUCACUUCUGUAUGGGCCACUUGUACUUUUAAAGAGCAAAAUUACCUAAAAACAGAUAUUUUUAAGUCUUGGUUGAACUGCUAAGAAAAAUCCGUAGAAUUAAGUUUGUAUACCACCAGUUAUAAUAACCAAGAUAAAAUUCCAUGCGAACCAAAUAGGUACCUAAAACUAAGAAAUGACUAAAAAACCGCAUUCAUAUUGAUUACCUUUACGUAUUUAAAUUUGCUGCAAGUUAAUUGUACGAAAAAGGUUGCAUAUUUCAAGGAUGGCGUGUGAAUCGAAGAUAAAUUAUGUAUAAACACGCUUUAUAAAUUAUAAGAUCACAUACUCGUAUGAUAGACAAACAAUAAUGUGUUGUAGGCACCUUUGCGCUACCAUAAAAUCCAAUCUAUCCAAUGCACAAUAAAACAGAAACCAGGAUUUAAGGUGUUCUAACAAAUCCUUAACUCAAGAAUGCUACGAACAAAACUUAGCAUGAAUCAGCAUGAAUGUAAAUAGCUUGUCCAGGAAAGAUAAAAUGAGAAAGGAAACAAAUCGUCGAGUCAAUGUUUCCACUUCUCCCCUCACUUUGCGUCACGAGUUGCAGUUUUACAUUUCUUAGUAAAACGGUUAAAUUUAUAUCAUAACAAUGUGAAUAUACAAUAUAUUCACUUUUAUUAUCUACAAUAGUUGUCGUUGAGGAUUGUAAUUUUCAUGUUACGGGCUUUACGGAUGGGGAAUGUUGACGGGCAAUGUUUCUCUGCUACGUUAGAUUUUGCGUCUUGGGAAACAUCAAACAAGCAAGCAAGGCUAUUUAUGACAAAAGAUAGGUUAUGCACGGGCCGUGACUAUAAAAGUGCAUCAAAUGUUGAUUUAUAGUCCUUCCCUUGAUAAAUAAAGCAAUGUUUCCCCAAUUCGCUUAUAAUAAUAACUCUUGUAUUGUAUGGUGGCAGAAAUAACAAAUUUCGCUUAAAUUUGCGCGAUGUAUAUUUGAGUUAGGCUUUCCGCCGGAUGGGAUCAUAAUUUUAAAAUUAAUUAGAGCCGUACUAUAUCUACUAAAGCUUAAAGUUAUCGAAAUGUUUUUGUGGUAGGUAGUUACUAACCUGACAGCGAUACCAACAUAACAAAAUAGUUGCGUAUUGUAUUUUUUUAAUUAAGAAAGGUUUUCCUUUCUAUGAUGUGUUAGAAUAAGUUAAGUACCUACACCUACACAUUAAUUGAAUGCUGUUAAACAAAUUAACGAAUAGCGAAUAACGUAAUAGUAUGUUAAUUAGUCUAUGAAUAAACAAAACAUUGUGCUACUGUAUGUAAAACUGGAAUAUAUAAAAGUAAGUUAUUUACAUAGUAUUUGGCCAAAAAAAUUGUUUUAUGGAAUAAAUAUAUGUAUAUUAAUAAUUUAUAAGAAUUGUUUUGUUUUAUACCCUUAAUGAUGUGUUACGUUCGAACUAUAGGUAAUUAUGUUUUCAUUGUGCACAAUAAAGAAUAUUAUUAUUAUUACAAUACAAUACUCUUUAUUGAACACCUCACAUAGUUGACAAUAAAUGUACAGAAACAAACACAGACAA